AUGAGGGAAACGAGAAUCGGGAGUGAGCUGGAAGACCUGAGAAACAACAUUGAGAAGGAAGCAAUCUGUGCGGAAUGUCUCAGAAAUUCUAUACCAUUCAGGACUAUCAGAUCAAAUGGUGUGGUGCCACACAAGGGCAGAGUGCCUCCCUGUAUACCAAGUGCACAUCCUGGCACUUGGGAAGUUACAAAGGUGUUGGUGACGGGAGGUGCUGGAUAUCUGGGACACAACCUUGGAUCUGCCCUAAUGAAGCUGGCAUACUAUGUUAUAUUGUUUGAUUUGCACAAACCAGACUGGGAAGUACAAAGCCGCUCUACCUUUAUACAGGGUGAUAUAAGGAAUUAUGACUCCCUCUACAAAGCCUGUGAAGGGGUGGACUGUGUGUUUCAUGCCGCAUCAUUUGGAAUGUCAGGAUAUCAGCAGCUCCAGAAGGGACAAAUUGAGUCCAUAAAUAUAGGAGGGACACAAGUUGUUAUUGAUGUGUGUGUAGCAAGAAACAUUCCUAGAUUAAUUUACACCAGUACAGUAAAUGUGGUAUUUGGAGGAAAUUACAUAGAAGAAGGUGAUGAGGAAACAACAGCGUACUAUCCACCUGAAAAGCAGCUGGAUUAUUAUUCCAAGACAAAGACUAUAGCUGAUCAAAUGAUUCUGGCAGCCAAUGGGACUGCACUCAGGGACGGCAGUAAACUCCUGACCUGCGUAUUACGACCUCCAGGAAUUUAUGGACCAGAUGAGCGAAGACUUUUGCCAAGGCUGGUGGCUAAUGCUGAGAAGAGAUUGUUAUGUUUCAAGUUUUGGAAUGACCACACUAUGAUAAAUUGGAUUCACUUGUAUAAUCUGGUGGAUGCUCAUGUACUUGCCGCAGAAGCACUGACAGCCAGUAAAGGGUAUAUUGCUAGUGGAAAGGCAUAUUUUAUCCAUGAUGGGGAGCAUGUCAGCUUCCAUAAAUGGUUUCAUCCAAUGUUUGAAAAACUUGGCUUUCCUGAUCCCUGGAUACCUCUUCCCAGUUCUCUGGUUUAUGCUGUAGCUCUCAUCCUGGAAUAUGCGCACCUCAUGCUGAGACCAUUUGUAGACAUAAACCCAUUGCUGACCAGGAAUGAGGUAAUGAAAAUUGCAAUCAUGCACACUUUCCGAAUAGACAAGGCUCGGAGGGAACUUGGCUACAACCCAAAGAAAUUCGCCUUUGCUGAUUCUGUGGAUUUUUAUAUCAGAAACCGAAAGAGUCCAACCCAGCAAAAGCUAAAUGCUACAAACGUAUUGCGAGUUUUGCUGUGUUUACUUAGGCACAACUGGAAGAAAGUUGAAGUCUCAUCAAAGUGA